UAUUAGAAUGAUUUCUGUAGAAUCAUGUGACACUGAAGAGUGGAGUAAUGAUGCUGAAAAUUCAGCUUUGUCAUCACAGGAAUAAAUUACAUUUUAAAAUAUAGUAGAACAGAGCUAUAUUUUAACUUUAACUGUAAAAUAAAUAUAGUGUUUUUUUGAUGAGUAAUAUUUCACAAUAUUACUGUUUUACUGUGAUCAAAUUAUAAAGUCUUGGUGAGCUUAAGAGACUUCUUUCAAAAACAUUUUAUAACAUUAACAACCCCAUACCUUUGAACAGCAGUGUAUAAAUGUUUAUGUAUACAAUAUAUGCAUGUUUAAGAGUCAAUGUACACAUUUCUUACUUUGUGUGAAAUGCCUUGAGUGCUUUGCCUCUCAAAACUUUUGUGAUGGAUAAUGUACUCUAGUGUCCUGGGCUUUGUUAUGCUGUACCUCCUUAAGCAUAAAAUCCUAAUUAUUUUUUUACUCAAGUCUUUAUUAAUUUGGAUGAGUAUUCCAUUCUUUUUUAAACCAUGAAAACAUCACACAAAAAACUGAGGACCUCUACACAAACUGCUUCUAUUUUAAAAACAUUUUCAAAAAAUGUAAAUACACUAUCAGUAUACAAUGCUGAGCGUUAUGAUGACUACGAAGAUAUUCCUCACAUGAGUAAGUAUUUCAUGAAUUGAGCUAUGAGAAUUGCAUCUCUGGUAAACAAAAGGCUUUCUUUUAUGUUUUUUUAGGUGCGCCCUCGUGUGGUACUCUACACGUUCUACACUGCGUCACAAAUAUUUUACGUGUGACGUAGGUCACACUACGACAACUUCCGGUGUUUACAAAGCUCUUUCCAUACCACUCAGUAGGUGUAUUUUUCGACAGAUGUUUAAAUGUGUUUGGUUGUGAAUAGGCAGUAUGAAAUAAACGAAUCUGACAUUUACCGACGAGAUACACUGACGAGUUCGAAUUUCGUUGCGUAACGUUAGUCGACGAGGCUGUUUAUUUCGAGUCAUAAACUGAGCUAUUUCCGCAAUUGUUGGAUCUUGUAUGUGGCCUGACACACUCGCUACGAACCCGCAAUUAUAUUUGUCCGUUUGGCUGUUCUCCUAAGUAUUUCGCAAUGAACAUUUUGCCUAAAAAGAGCUGGCAUGUGCGCAAUAAGGACAACAUUGCGCGCGUGCGCCGCGACGAGGCUAAUGCAGCAGAGGAAGAACGCGAGAUUCAAAGGCGAGUGGAACGCGCAGAGCAAGAGGCCCGAACCGAGUAUUUGAGAAAGAAAGCUCAAGCAGGCCUGCAGCAGACAGGGGAAUGGACAGAGGACGGAGAGGCGGCGGAGACAAGCCGGGGAGCCAGAGAGAUAGAACACCUAAAUCUUUUUCCUCUAGAGGACUCGUCUGAAAAGAAAGGAAAUGCAGAAUACCUCAAAGAGAAGAAGGAAGAGAAGGAGAAGCAGGAGCGUGCUAUUGGUAUUUUAGUGUCUCUAGGUCCCGCUCCUGGAACAGAAGCCACUCCCUGGUACCUGAAAGACGGAAAAGACAAAGAGGAAGAGAGAGACAAAAAAGAAAAAGGCAAAAGCAAGCAAAGAACCAUGACUGAAGAGGAAAGAGAAAAGAAAGACAGGAAGCUGAAAGACAGUUUGGAUCCUCUUAAAGAAAUGAAAAAGGCACUGGCAGUGAAAGACAGAAAGCUGAAAAAGCAUAAGAAGAAGGAGAAGAAUGACAGAGGAGAGAAGAGGAGUGGAGAGAGUUCAAUUGAGAGGUUACGGGCUGAACGACUGCAGAGAGAAGCGGAGGAGAGGAAAAGGACAAAGGCUUUACUGGAACAGAGGAGUGGAGGCGGGAAGGAAAAAGAGCACGAGCGAGAGAUGGGUGAUAGAGACAGACCAUACAACAACGCCUACUUUCCUGAAUUGGCACGGAAAAGGCAAAGGAGAGACAGAGAUCAGUUUGGGUUUUAUUAGCUAACAAAGGCAUUAAUUCACUAAGUCUAGAAUAUGCGGAACCGUUUUGUGAUCGGACAAGAAAUUAGCAGGUGGAAAGUGUGAAGACCAUUUAAAAUGACUGAUUGCUUCCUAAAAGCCAUCGAUCUGGCCUCUGCAUCACUUUUAUUGGCAUCAGGUGACUUGGGAAAAACGGGCGAACAGGAAAACCUCUUGUUUGCCUGUAUUUGUGCUGACAGUACAUGAAGCAAAUAGGCUGCUGUAAAAAUGUC